UAUAACAACUUGGAAUGCGGAGCUUUACAACUAGCUCAAUAGCGACUGUGACUUUCUAGCUGUAACUUCCCGGUCUGGGUCCGGGUGCUGGACAUGUGCCCCGCGCUGUAACCCUCCCCGCGCAGAGAUCGUUCCCUCUCAGCCCUCGCUCGCCUCCUGCUCGCUAUGGAGUCCUUGGCCUUCUCCCGUCGGCCAGGCCCGGCUCCCUCGACCGCCACCGCCCUGGCCGCUGAGCUCGCCCGGCCUUUGGGCGACGGGCUCAUCAAGUCGCCCAAGCCCCUGAUGAAAAAGCAGGCGGUGAAGCGACACCACCACAAGCACAACCUGCGGCACCGCUACGAGUUCCUGGAGACCCUAGGCAAGGGCACCUACGGGAAGGUGAAGAAGGCGCGCGAGAGCUCUGGGCGCCUGGUGGCCAUCAAGUCAAUCAGGAAAGACAAAAUCAAAGAUGAGCAAGAUCUAAUGCACAUACGGCGGGAGAUUGAGAUCAUGUCGUCACUCAACCACCCCCACAUCAUUGCCAUCCAUGAAGUGUUUGAGAACAGCAGCAAGAUUGUGAUUGUCAUGGAGUAUGCCAGCCGGGGAGACCUGUAUGACUACAUCAGUGAGCGGCAGCGGCUGAGCGAGCGCGAAGCCCGGCACUUCUUCCGGCAGAUCGUCUCUGCCGUGCACUACUGCCACCAGAAUGGGAUUGUCCACCGAGAUCUCAAGCUGGAGAACAUCCUUUUAGAUGCCAAUGGAAAUAUUAAGAUUGCUGACUUUGGCCUCUCCAACCUCUACCACCAAGGCAAGUUCCUACAGACAUUCUGUGGGAGCCCUCUCUAUGCGUCACCCGAGAUUGUCAAUGGGAAACCUUACAUGGGUCCAGAGGUGGACAGCUGGUCUCUGGGUGUACUCCUCUACAUCCUGGUGCACGGCACCAUGCCCUUCGAUGGGCAGGACCACAAGACACUGGUGAAGCAGAUCAGCAGUGGGGCAUACUGUGAGCCGCCCAAGCCCUCUGAUGCCUGUGGCCUGAUCCGGUGGCUAUUGAUGGUGAACCCCACCCGCCGGGCUACACUGGAGGAUGUGACCAGUCACUGGUGGGUCAACUGGGGCUACACCACCCGUGUAGGGGAACCAGAAGCUAUCCGUGAGAGUGGGCACAACGGCAGUGAUUCUGCCCGGGCCUCCAUGGCUGAGUGGCUCCGCCGAUCCUCCCGCCCACUCCUAGAGAAUGGGGCCAAGGUGUGCAGCUUCCUCAGGCAGCACGCACCUGGUGGUGGUGGCAGUGGUGGCAGCAACACACCCAUCCUGGAGCGCCAGCACUCACUCAAGAAGUCCCGUCGGGAGAAUGACAUGGCCCAGUCUCUCCAGGGUGACUUAGCUGAGGAUGCCUCCCCUCGUCCUGGGAAGGGCAGCCUCAAGCUGCCAAAGGGCAUCCUUAAAAAGAGGGUGUCUUGCUCCUCAGAGGGGGCACAGGCGGACACACAGGAGCCCAGCCCCGUUUCUGAGACUAUGGGGCAGGCCGCUCCCCUGCUCCCCAAGAAGGGCAUCCUAAAGAAGUCCCAACAGCGUGAGUCAGGCUACUACUCCUCCCCGGAGCCCAGCGAUUCCGGGGAGCUCCUGGAUGCAGGAGAUGUGUUUGUGAGUGGGGAACAGGAGCGCCAGAAGCCGCCUCAGGCACCGGAACUGCUCUUUCACCGCAAGGGCAUCCUCAAAGUCAACGGCAAGUUCUCGAGAGCAGCCUUGGAGCUCACGACUCCCACCUUUGGUUCCCUGGAUCAACUGGCUGCCCCACACCCCCCAGCCCGGGCUAGCCGCCCAUCUCCGUCGGGGGCCGUGAGUGAGGACAGCAUCCUGUCCUCCGAGUCCUUCGAGCAGUUGGACUUGCCAGAGCGGCUCCCUGAGCCCCCUCUUAGGGGCUGUGUGUCCGUGGACAACCUUAUCGGGCUAGAGGAGCCCCUCUCACAGGGUCCUGGUAGCCGCCUAAGGCACUGGCAGCAGGACCCCCUGAGCAAUAGCUGCUUCUCCCUGACAGACUGCCAAGAGGUCACGGAGGCCUACCGCCAGUCACUGAGGGUCUGCUCCAAGCUCAGCUGAUGAUCACGGGGCAUUGGCCCAGCCUGGGCAGGCUCCACAAUGCAGCUGGCUGCACCUUGAGGGCAUAGCUACUUCUUCUGGGACCGGCAUCCCAGUUCCUAAGGCUGAGGGUCUGCCAGGGAGCCCUGGCUGGAAGAGUGGGUGAAUGAAGUGCUGCAAGGGUUGUCUUAUACCUGAUCAAACCAGGAAGGUGACAGAAGAAUGAGAAGGUGACUGCAUAGUCCAGGUCCCAGGUCUUAAAUCCAUGGAGGGGCUGCAGAGACCAAGAAAGAGCUCUCUAUCCAGGUUUGCCUCCUGUAUGGCCAUAAGUUUUGCUCCUGGACCCCACCCAGGCACAUCCCUGCCAAAGUGGAGAAAGAUAGUCUUCAGACAGUUCCAUCCCGACACCAAGUGCAGGAGCUGAGAGUGACCUGGAAGAACCCUCCCUUUUGCAUCCUAGAAGUAAAAAAACAAUCUCUGUGUCCUCAAAAGUUCUCUCUUCCCAUCCUCCACACCAGCCCAGCUUCCUGAAGUCGCUGCUUAUGAAUCUAAAAGACUUGAAAAGGCUUGGGUUGCUGUUUGGCUUCAUCUCAGGAGUCAAGAGUUUCUCUGGCCCCCACCUUGGACCUCAAAGACUCAAACUUCUGCCUCUAAGCUGCUCCUGAAGGCCAGACUGGAUGUAUCUGUUUUGCUGGUCUUUCAGGACCUUAGGAUGUCCUUAUUUAUUUUUAAAUAGUUUAUGUGCUCAACUCUGUGUUUUUUAAAGUGAAUCUUGCUGUUUUGAAUAAUGUGAAUGCUAUGUUCUGGUGGAGAUACACUGUGACAUCUGAGUUUCUGUACAGAGCGGGAUUUUAGAGGGGUGCCGGCUGAUCUGGGAGGGGAGUCUUACAAGCCCACAUGUUCUUUGCACUGUCUGGAACUGGAUUGCUGGCUCCCUCAUGCCGCGCCCUGAUGCUGUCUAUCUUCCUUUGUGGCCAGAAAAAAAAAAAAAAAAAAAAAAAAAAAAAAACACUCCAUUAAAACCAGAAUAGUGAUUUGAGAA